AUGUCCGGUAAAUUCAUCGUACAAGUCGUGUCGUUCGCUACUGGAGCAGCGACAUUACUCUGUCUCAUAGCUGUGCUCACUAUUGUCAAUGAUAUCAACUCGUUCUAUAGCAAUAGCAUGACCGAGUUGAAGGAUUUCAAGCGGAUUGCGGACGAUGCCUGGGAGGAAAUGCUACAUAGCACCAAUCAUAUGCUUGCAUCCAAUUUUCUUCAAGACGCUCCCAUCCGUAGAAGAAAGCAAGCUUCUAACGUUAUUUGCAACUGCGUAGAAACCGAACAAAACUGUCCACCAGGCCAACCAGGACCCCCAGGAAAGACUGGUGCCCCUGGUUUGGACGGCACCCCAGGUGCUCCGGGUGAACCAGGUAUCAACGGCACGCAGCCACUUUUCAGAAAAAGUAUGACAUGUCUCAUAUGCCCACGAGGACCUCCGGGACCUCCUGGCCCUGACGGUCCAGUGGGCCUGUCGGGACCAGCGGGAAGAGCGGGGAUGCCAGGUCAGCCAGGAGAAAUGGGCGAACGAGGAGAAAUUGGUGAGGUGGGAGAUGAAGGGGAGCCAGGACCACCCGGGUUCCCAGGACAUACAGGAUAUCCCGGAAUGAAUGGCAUAAAAGGCAAAGGUGGUCAGGGGCCUCAAGGAGCCCGUGGUCGUGAAGGUGAACGCGGAGCUCCAGGGAAGGCAGGUGUCAAUGGUUCACCUGGAGAUCAAGGACCUGUCGGUGCCACCGGAGCUCCUGGUAAGCCAGGUGAACGAGGACAAGAAGGACCACCUGGCGCAAUUGGCGAAGUGGGAAUGCCGGGUUCAGAUGCUUCUUACUGCCGUUGUCCAUCUAGGAGUGCUGUAUUCGUAGAACGUCAUGUUCGUACAUUUCCAUCAGAGUCCGUACCUCUCCCACCUAGCCCUAGUCCUAGUCCUGACAUUGACGGACUCCCACCUAACCCUAGCCCUACUCCUGACAUUGAUGGAUACAAUUAG